AUGAUGAAGAAGUUCCUAAAGCAAACAAAGCAGAAAGGAGUACCUGACUUUUGGAUUGUGGCAAUGAUGCAUCAUUUCAUACUUGCUGAUGUGAUUAAACUUCACGAUGUAAAGGCUCUCGAAUGUCUCAUUGAUAUCAAGUGCUGUAAGUUAGAUAAUCUGAAUGGAUUUGAGCUCGACUUCAUCUUUGAUCCUGAAAGGAAUCUUCAUUUCAAAAAACCAGUCCUGACUAAAACAUUUUACGGCGAAAUGGAGAGGACAAUUGGGACAGAGAUCAAGUGGUGCACACUACUCGACGAAUGCUGCUUGACACGAGAGUAUAACAUUAGGAGGAAAGUAUUGAAAUCCAAAAAACGAGAAAGCUUCUUUAACUUGUUUAACAGUACUCCUAGAAUUGAUAAACCAUUAUACGAAGGUGCAAUUCCACGAGAUUAUGCAAUUGGCUUAAUAAUUCGAGACAAAUUUAUUCCUCAUGCCAUAUCAUGGUACAAUGGGGAUGAAUAUGAAGAUGGCAAGAAUGUGCUCAAGUUCAUUUGA